AUGUCCAUUUCUGGGACGCUUAGCAGCUAUUAUGUCGACUCGAUCAUAAGUCACGAGAGUGAGGACGCGCCUCCAGCCAAGUUUCCUUCCGGCCAGUACGCGAGCCCCCGGCAGCCGGGCCACGCGGAGCACCUGGAGUUCCCCUCGUGCAGCUUCCAGCCCAAAGCGCCGGUGUUCGGCGCCUCCUGGGCGCCGCUGAGCCCGCACGCGUCCGGAAGCCUGCCAUCCGUCUACCACCCCUACAUCCAGCCCCAGGGCGUCCCGCCGGCCGAGAGCAGGUACCUCCGCACCUGGCUGGAGCCGGCGCCGCGCGGCGAAGCUGCUCCGGGGCAGGGCCAGGCGGCGGUGAAGGCGGAGCCGCUGCUGGGCGCGCCUGGGGAGCUGCUCAAGCAGGGCACGCCCGAGUACAGUUUGGAAACUUCGGCGGGCAGGGAGGCCGUCCUGUCUAAUCAAAGACCCGGCUACGGGGACAAUAAAAUUUGCGAAGGAAGCGAGGACAAAGAGAGGCCGGAUCAAACCAACCCCUCCGCCAACUGGCUGCACGCUCGCUCUUCCCGGAAAAAGCGCUGUCCCUACACCAAAUACCAGACGCUGGAGCUAGAGAAGGAGUUUCUGUUCAAUAUGUACCUCACCAGGGACCGUAGGCACGAAGUGGCCAGACUCCUCAAUCUGAGUGAGAGACAAGUCAAAAUCUGGUUUCAGAACCGGCGGAUGAAAAUGAAGAAAAUGAAUAAGGAACAGGGCAAAGAGUGAAGAUUCCCCCCAGCCCUCCCCCCUUCCCCAUCUCACACUUAUUUAUCAGUGAUGGCUGCAGAGCCAGUGCUGUCUGGGAUGGAUUCAAGUGAAUGGGGAAGGGGGUCUUUCUCUUCCAAGUCCUUUUCUGCACCUAGAGCUGCUCCUUCCCUCUGCCCUUACCUGCCCUUCUCUUCACCCUGGGCCUCAGGAGGAAGUUUUGUUGAUUUAGAAGGUAGACGUAGUUGGUUCUAAGAAGGUGAUGGGCCACAAGGAAAGAGAGACCCUAGUUGAGCCCCUAGCAACCCCUCUAAUUUUUCUGGGAAGCCCCAGCCCCUCACUUCCAGCCUGCCUGUUCCUUCCCCUACGUCUAUCCCAGAGUCAUCCCGGGAUGCCCCAACUGCACGCAGCCCAGCAGACGCCGCAUGCAUAGAGCCUGGAGCCCACAGUAAUAAUGGGGAAAGCUCACAGCCAACACUCAAAUGAGGUGACACCCCAAAUACAGACCAUAGCACCCCAAAUCUGGCAGAACAGCCCACCAUCAGGCAAGCCCAGGUUCUACACCUGAUGCAAAUACAUGGCAAGAAGAUGUCUAGAGACACACUCCUGAAUGAGGCGCUGAGCCCAAGGGGCUCAGCAUCACAGUACUAUCCCCAUGAGUCCCCAACUAUCAGGGGGCAGGGACUCAGGGGAAAGUGGGGUACACUCAGCCCCAAGCUGGUGGGUAGAGAGGGCAAGGAAAGGCAGCGGUGGUCCUCUGAUGGUAUCUUAGGAUUUAUGAAGGUAUUCCACAUACAUAUUUUGUUGCAGGAAAUAUUUUAUUCUGCAUGUUGUUUUCCUCUCCUUCCAACAAAAGGAGGUCAAAUCGUGGGUCGUAAGCUCUGAUCAUGUCCUCCUCCGGCUCAUCUGUGUCCCCCUUGACAGAGACUGUAGCUUCUCCUGCUCUACACUGGCCCUGCAUUCUUCCGCAUCCUCCCCAGCUCUGAAAUCAACUCAGUUCAGCCAAAUCCACCUUGCACCAGCGAGUCAAGCCGCCCCUUGUAGAAAACCCCUCCACCCUCCAUCCCCUGCUAGUUCAACCCAACUACAGGCAAGAAAGCCAGGUCAGGAGAGUCCGAUUGAGAGUUUAUUGUGAAUUGAUUCCGAGCUCCCUUCCGGGGUAAGUUGUGGAGGACAGGGAGGAGCAAAGGCUCCAGCGCGCCGCGCUUGGCGCCUUCCGCCCCAUCCUGCCCAGUCCCGACCCAGGCGGAGGAGCCCCGGCUCGGCGGCUGCCCGCCCCAGCGCAGAACCAGACCGGCCCCCAGCGCCCGGCCUUGCCUCCCGCGACUUGGGCCUGGAUGGCGAUAUGUGCG